AUGGUGUUUUACUUCAAAGUGCGACCCGAAGCGGGCGACCUCACCAUCUACAUGGGACUCGAUAAGUUCGAAAACGAGCAGCUCAUCAAAUACGGCUUUCCGGAGGACAUAUGGUUCCACGUGGACAAGCUCUCGUCCGCACACGUGUACCUGCGGCUGCGCAAGGGGCAGGGCAUUGAUGACGUCACGCCCGAGAUGCUGGAGGACUGCGCGCAGCUGGUCAAGGCCAACUCCAUCAUGGGCAACAAGCUGAACAACAUUGACGUGGUGUACACGCCCUGGGCCAACCUCCGAAAGGCAGCUUCCAUGGACGUUGGACAGAUCGGAUUCCACAACCCCAAGGCGGUGCGCAGCGUGCGUGUGGAGAAGCGGCUUAAUGAGGUGGUGAACCGGCUGAACAAGACCAAGGCUGAGAGGACGCCGGACCUGCAAGCUGAAAAGGAAGCUCGCGAGGCUGAGGAUCGAGCAGCAAGGAAAGCAGUUCUGAGGGAACAGGCUCGGCGAGAGCAGGAGGAGAAAGCUCUGAAGCAGCGGCAGGCGGAGUUACGGAGUUACAAGGGCAUAAUGGUGGAGAAGAAAAUGACGUCAAAUAAAGAUAUUGCCGCAAAGAUGGAAGGGAAAAGUCGCGUGUGGGCCCGGCGGGAGUCGCUGGGGGGAAUGGUUCUCGCCGCGUCCUGCUGCGUGCUCGCGCUCAACCUCUCCGCGCAACGACGCGCGCUGGGGGAAGCGCAAAGGGCGCUGGCGGAAGCCCUUACGGAGUCGCAUGUGCAGGCGGAUCUUCUGGAAGCAGAGCGGCGCUCGGCGGAAGCUGCGCGCAGGGCGGAGGCGGAGAUCCGCGGAGAGUUAAGGCGGUUGCGCGUGGAAAUGCGGAGAGAGGCGGGGAAGGCGGGAUGGGGGCUGGCGGAGAGGGUCAGGGCGUUGGCGGGGCAGGACGAGGGGGAAGGGCAAGCGGGGGAACAAGGCGGGGGGGAACGAGUGGGAGAGGGAGAGGAUGGGGAAGAGCAGAGAGAAAAGGGAGAAGCGGGGGACGGGGAGGAGACAGCAGGGGAAGAUGAAGGAAAGCAGCAGCAGAAGCAGACAGAGGCGGGAUCGAGUGGGGGUGAGGGGGAAGGUGGAAUAACGGGCAGUGAGCCUUCAGCAGGGGGGCGUGGGAGGGUGGGUUGUGUGGGUGUGCCCAUCCUUAUGCCUACACCUCACAUUGCCUCCUUUCACACUCUCCCCCCUCCUAUUCCCUCCAUUCCUACUCAUCCCACUCUCUACCCCUCCUAUCCCCUCUAUUCCUCCUCUCCCACUCUCUGCACCAUUCCUUUCAUCCCUCCUCUCCCACGCUCUCCUAUUCCUUCCAACCCUCCUCUCCCGCUCUCUCCUCCUAUUCCUUCCAACCCUCCUCUCCCGCUCUCUCCUCCUAUUCCUUCCAUCCGUCCUCUCCCACUCUCUCCUCCUAUUCCUUUUAUCCCUCCUCUUCCACUCUCUCCUCCUAUUCCUUCCAUCCCGCAGCCUGUGGCAUGCGAGUGGGCGCUACUACCACAGUAUGGGCGUCUUCCCUUUCUGCUCGAUGGAUGCAUGCUUCUCUCCCUCUCUUUCCCCCGUCGUCCAAAUCCUUCCCCACGCACUGCAGCACAGCCUGUGGCACGCCAGUGGGCGCUAUUUCCGCAGUAUGGGAGUCUUUCCCCUCUGCUCCAUGGAUGCAUGCUUCAACUACUCCCUGUUUCACUCGUGUCUUCCCCCUACCCCCAAACCCUUCCCCUCCCACUGCAGCACAGCCUGUGGCACGCCAGUGGGCGCUACUUCCACUCAAUGGGAGUCUUCCCAUUCUGCUCCAUGGACGCAUGCUUCAGCUACUCGCGCUGCCCCGCAGACUGCUCAAAGGAGCCCCUGCACAGCCUGUGGCAUGCGAGCGGCCGUUAUUUUCACAGUAUGGGCGUCUUCCCUUUUUGCUCCAUGGAUGCAUGCUUCAACUACUUGCGCUGCCCCGCAGACCCCUCUCACGAGCCUCUAGUCUACUCCUACUGGCCCGGCCAGCACUACUUCAAGAGGUUCAAUGAGAGCCGCUGGCACACAGACGAUCCCACCAAGGCGUGCUUUUUCUUUGUGCAUAUGGCGAGAGGACAGCCGAACGAGUUUGCGGAUUUGGAGCAUUGGGGGGAGAACGGCGCUAACCACGUGCUUAUCAGCUUCUCAGACUCUUGGAGCGGUCCAUCCCCUUUUGGAGUCGCCUCGGCAAUGGUUAUGGUCACCAACGCACAGGCCACUAUUAUGAGAACAGAUUUCGACACCUCCAUCCCGCUGCCCCAAAUGUGGAAAAACCCGCCUGUUGAGCUCCGGAACCUGCCCGCCGGAUCUGCCCGGAAAUAUUUCCUGACGUUCCGAGGCACGCGUUACCUGGGGAAUUUGAAGGGUAAUUUCCGGAGUGCCCCGGAGUUUAAGGCGUUGCACAACGGCAAGGAUGUGGUUGUGCUGACAAGAUGCGGGGGAUCUACCAAUGCGCGCAUUCUCGCAGAGGAACCUUCCUUGAAGCCCGAGUGUGACGAGGAUGCCAAGCUGUACACUCAGUACGACUUUGGUGACGUCAUGAACACCACCUUCACCCUUGCUCCGGCCGGCCGACAAGGGUCCACCUACAGGUUCCUGGAGGCGCUAACAGUGGGAGCGAUCCCCGUGGUGGUGGCGGACAACUGGCGGUUACCAUUCGACGACAUCAUCUCGUGGCAUCACUGCCUGCUGCGCUUCCCCACGGACCAGAUGCACCGAAUCCUGCCCACCCUCCGAGCCAUGGAUGAGGUGUGUGCUGAUUGGAUGUGGGUGGGGAAUGGGUCAUGA